AGUUACUCCAAACAGCAAGCUCAACUUUACACAUCAUGAACGCGGCGCACCAGCUAGCCGCCCGUCUGCAGCUGCAGCAGCAGCUGAACAAUCAAUACGGGGACGGAAACCAGAGAGGGGGGCUACAGCAGCAACAGCAGAACCAGCAAGGCCAAAAUCUCAUGAUGAACAACGGAAUGGGAAACAGCGCAGGAGGAAACAACGGUAUGGGGGGCCUGCAGCAGCAACAACAAUUGCAGCAGGCCUACCUCCAGCAGCAACAGCUACAGCAGCAGAAUUCCCAGGGCGGAAAUCUUGGUGGCCUCCAAGACAUGAACAACAUGCAGCGAAGAAAUCCGCAGCAGCAACAACAGCUCCAGGCAAUGAUGCAGCAGCAGCGAUUGGCUGCCGCACGAAGCAAUUCCCAGAUUUCGGGGAGCAACAACAACAUGGCGGGAAACGGCAGCGGUGGCAUGGCAAAUUUUGGCGGAGUUGGAGGCCAGAAUGCCAACUGGGGGAAUGCCCAGCUCGGCAACCAACAUCAACAAGGMCGGCAGCAAAACUCGUUGGAUCUCUCCAACAACCCGAACCAAAUGGGAGGAAUCGGAGGAAUGAACAACUUGGGAGGAUCAUUGAACAAUGGCAACAACAACAAUAACAACAACAUGAACGCGCAGCAGCAACUCCAGCAGCAGCACAACAAUGCCCUUCUCGGCCAGCGAAGUACCUCCCAGGGAAUGAACCAGCAACAAGGCUUCAAUCCGAACAUCAAUAACAAUUCGAACAUGGGGAUGGGUGGAAUUGGGGGCGGAAUGGGAGGAAUGAACAACGCCGGAGGAAGCGGUGGAAGUCAGAACGACACUACUGCAUUGCAGCAACAAAUCGCCUUUUUGCAGCGGCAGCUCCAACAGCAACAGCAGCAGAACAACAGUUCCGUCCAAGGUCGCAACAACAACAACAACAACACUGGCAUGAGCCCAAGUUUCGGGCGUCAAACCAGCCAAUCGACACCGGGCACCUUUCAGAACCAACAAGGAAACCAGAACAACAACUCCCUAUUUUCGAUGCAAGGAAUGGACGGCAAUAUGAACAACAACAGUCAGCGAUCAAACCCGAAUAGCGGCAGCAUGGGGUUGGGCGCACACAAUAACAACGUAGGAAACAGUGACCCUUUUUCAAUGAUGAUGGGAGGUGGGCAGAAUCAAAACAAGCAAAACCAACCAAACCACCUUGGAUCUUCGGUGAAUAAUAACCUCAACGAAAACGAUCUACUUCGUCAGCAAAGAAUGUUGGGUCAGACCAACAAUACCGCGAACAACGUCGGCAGCAACAGCAUGAUGGGUCUCCAAAACGACUUGAUGGGUCGGAGAUCAUCGGAGUUGUCCAUGUCGAACAACUCAAACAACAACAACAACAACAACAACAGCCUCGAUGGCUCCACGCGUUCCAACCAAGGCGGCAACAAACUCAAGAACGAAAACGCCGCUGGUGGGGCGGACUACUUGGGUGGCUCAUUUGCUGGAGGUUGGCAAUCCAAUGCCGAUCUUCCAGAUCGGAGGAGGGUCAUUUAUUCCAUUCUUGAGGUGAUUAGGAUGAUGCGGCCCGACUCGAAUCAAAUUUCGCAAAAGUAAGUUAUCCAACUGAGAGGUGCGAAGGGCGGUUGAUGAAUCCGGUUUUCGUCCAGAAUAAGGGCAAGGGAACUUUUUUUCUCAUUCGUCUGCUUCCAAAACUCGUUUUUUUCUUUUGAACACUCUCGAGCAGGUUACCACACAUGGCAAAGAGUCUGGAAGAAAAUCUUUAUCGAACCGCUCAGACUAAGGAAGAGUACAUGGACCAGAAUACCCUUCGGGAUCGACUACAGAAUAUUGCCAAGGAACUUGAAACUCACUCCAGCAACCCUGGGAACGGCAUUCAAAACAAACUACCGCCCAACGAAUCGCAGCAGCUCCAACUGCUCCUAGGAGGGAACAACAACAAUAACAACAGCAAUGGUAGCAUGAACGCCUUUGACAACGGCAAUAACAACAUGAUGAAUGCGAAUGCCACCGGWAAUUCCAACAUGAUGGAACGACGGCGGAGCGCCCAGCAACAGAUCGACAUGAUCGCCCAACGGAACCUGCUAAACCAGCAAAACAAUGCUGCUGGUAACAAUAAUCUGGGAGGCAGCCUGAACAGCUCCAUGGGUGGUGGCGGUGGCAGUGGCAGUGGCAGUGGCAGUGGAAGUAGCAAGGGAGAUGCACAAAAAGUGAUUCGUCAGCAGCAACAGCGUCUUCUUUUGCUGAGGCACGCUUCGAAGUGUCAGCUAGGACCAGAGUGUACGACCAAGUUUUGUGCCCAAAUGAAGCCUCUUUGGCAGCACAUGCAGUUGUGUCGAGACAGGGACUGCCAAACCAGGCAUUGCCAAAGCAGUAGAUGCGUGCUUACUCACUAUAGGCACUGUAAGGCACAAGGAAGGACCGCCAGCUGCGAGAUCUGUGGUCCAGUCAUGGAACAUAUUCGACGCCAAGAAGCGGCGGAAGGAUUGGAUUCUAGCGAUCCUUUGGCCGAGAAGGAAGGAGACGGAAACGUUCCAAAGCAACAACAGGAUGGUGAUAUGAGAAAUAUGUUUGGUCAAGAUGAUGUUCUAAGACAACAGCAGCAGCAGCARCAACAACAACAGAUGCCGCAAAAUCAGUUGAACACACCUCCGCAACUCAUGCUACAACUCCACCAAAUGCAAAUGAAGAUGAAACAGCAGCAGCUAGUUAUCAGCAAGCUGAAAAACCAGCAAGCGCAAUUGAUUGAACAGCAGAAGCAAUUGCAAAUGCAGCCUCAGCAAGGCCAACAAGGACAAAACGCUCAGAACCAGCUCCGGCUUUUGCAGCAACUUCAAAUGCGAGCCGCGAGUCAACAGCAGAUUGAAUACAGGGAACUCGUGUUGCAGCACAAGGCAAUACAGCAAUUGCAACUGAAGAUUGCUCAGCAGUCAAAUCAGAAUGCUGUAUCACUCCCCGUCAUGGGAGCCGGUCAACAAAAUCAGCUCCCGCAACAGAUCGCUGCGAAUAAUAUGAACAUGAAUAACAACAUGAGCAUGAAUAACAACAUGAGCAUGAAUAACAACAUGAACAUGAAUAAUAACAUGAACAUGACCAUGAAUAAUAACAUGAAUAUGAACAUGAACAUGAACAACACGAGUAACAACAACAUCAUCAGUCAGAGUAAUUCGCAAUCACAACUCAACACAAGUCAACGUUCUCACCACAGCAACACCAGCAAUGCCUCACAACAAAGACAGCAGGAGCAGCAGCAACUCAUGAAUCACGCAAAGGCAAUGGAUGAUCCCAGUCCGAGUAAAAGUAACAAGGACGACGAGCCUCUUGUUGGAAAUCUACGGUUGGAUCAAAAUUCAUCGAAUCUUCAGCUUGAUGAGUUGGAUGCAACCCUUGAUCUGGACGACGGCCAAGAAGUUCUUGAAUUGCCCGAAAAACUGGGUUCUUUGGAUCCACCUCUCGAGGAGACACCCAAGAAAGAUAGCGAAGAGAAUGACGCGAGCGAACAGGGUGACUCGCAACAGACAUCUCCAAAAGAUUCAUCUACCAACAAAAGAGAUCGCCCUUCUGAUAAACUUCCUAGUGCGGGUCUCGACGAAAAUAGCGAGAGAAGCACUGGUUCGAAGUCGAAGAAACGAAGAACCAUUUCUAGUGUAGACAAGACCCCAAGGGGGCGWGGAG